AAUGAGCGGUGGGAACAUACAUGGCUUGAGCUGGUUUCCGAAUAUACCGGACAAAUUCGUGACAUGGGGUGGACAGGAGAUCAAACUAUAUGAGGUAGGACGCAAUAAGGCCGAAUCUGAGGUCCGAGCUCGUUUGCCGAAUAUUCCUGCCACCUUCUUGGCGAUAGAGAGUCGCUAUGAAUAUGCUCGAUGUGUUCAACCGUCCUUUCACAAAGAUCGUCCAACAAUUGCUGUUGGUUUGGGAGAUGGAAAAGUGGGCAUCAGCAACUUCCAUGAAGUUAUGGACAACAGUUGGGAAUACACUCCCCGUCAACAACGAAUGUGCCUUUGUUUAGCCUGGAGUGAAAAUAAUCCAAAUAUGCUGGCGAUUGGUCAUGAUCGUCAUCGCUCGGAUUCCUGCAUUACGAUAUGGGAUACAGAACGAGGACUGCCAAAAGAAAGCGGAUCAAGUUUCUUUGGUGUAUCUGAAUCUGCCCAUUCACUAUGCUGGGAUAAGAAUCAUCAAAUUUUGAUAGCCGGAAUGAACCAGAAGCAAAUAAAACUAUAUGAUCUACGACAGAAUACCGCCACAUGUCAGUCGAUACAGACCAAAACUGUUUAUGGUUUGGGGGUAGCUCCUAAUGGAAAUUAUCUGUGUAGUUUCUUCGAUUCCGUCAUUAUGCUGUGGGAUUUACGUGCAAUUGAUCGACCCUUGCUGCAAAUACAAUCGGCAAAAAAUCAUCUACAUUUAAGUUGGUGUCCAACACGAUCCAGUUUGCUAUCUUCGCUUCAACGUGAAUCGCCGUAUAUUACUCUGUAUGACAUACGUUGUGUAGAUGUGGAGAAGAGCCGUGAAGUUUACCACGUUAAGAAACAAUUGUUGCCAUUUCAUACGAAGCAUCAUGCCUCCCACAAGGGAUACACCCUUACGGCAUUGUCGUGGCACCAUAUGGAUUUCGAAAGAGCUCUGUUGCUCUCCGAGACUGGAAGUAUAAUGGAUUUUCAUUUGCCACUGUCAAUAUUAACGGCCUAUAGUAAUCAUAAGAAAUUGCCAUUAUUGCUGCAGAGGCCGUUAUCAGCUCCUAAUACGCCUGUACACAGUAGCCAAACUAGUCAAACGAGUUCGUCCGAAUUGAGCAAUGCCAAGUCCUCGUUAAAUUUCCAUGUUGUCGACAAUAACCUUCUGGAGGAAGAUUUGGUGGACGAGACCAGGGAACGAGCCUUGAGUGACUAUGGACUAAAGAUGGAUGGCAAACGAUUGAACGGAGAAUUUCAUUUGACACCCUACUUAAAGACUGUUUGGCUCAGCUUAGCCAAUGUUUAUCGUAGUGAAGAAAAGUUGAUUGGUCUAAAAAGUGUUCUGGGUAUUGGAUUAAGCCAUACAUCCGAGGCAUUUAUGAAUACAUCGAGAAUUGAGACGCAUGUUCUGCAAUGGCCAGAUUUUAUAAACAAUUCAAGUAAUUUGGUGUGCUAUAGAAGUGAUCAACGUGAUACCGCUUUAAAGUUAUGUGGCUGGGCAUCGGAACAAGAUUUGGAUCGUUUUAUAAAUACCCUGUGUGAAAAUAAGGAAUUCAGUCGAGCUGCAAUGAUUUAUGUUUUCCACUUGAAAGUUCUUGCUGCUUGUGACAUUUUAUCCAAGGCUGUCGAUCAGUCUCGCGAUCCAAGCAUGUUCCGCAUUGCCGCCAUUGCUCUUUCUUGUUUCAAUGCCGAUCGUACGAGUACUGCCUGGCGCAAUCAACGUUCGAUAGCAAACAAACAAAUUCAAGAUGCCCAUCUCCGAGCUAUAUUCUCAUUUCUGGUUGCUGACAAUGAUAACUUUGAUUUAGUUUUGUCAGAGGAAGGCAUAUCUUUAGCGGAUCGUAUGGCCUUUGCAUGUAAAUAUUUAUCUGAAUCGAAAUUGGCAGAAUAUGUAAAACUGCAGAUACAAAAAUCUGUUGAAAAGGGCGACUUGAAUGGCCUAUUACUUACCGGAGAGUCCCAGGAUGGUAUCAACAUACUACAAUCUUACAUGGAUUCCACUUUUGAUAUCCAAACUGUAGCACUCAUUGCUAUAAACUAUUUUCAUCGCGAACUAUUCAAUGAUAUACGAAUACAAUAUUGGAUUACAAGCUACAUGGACUGUUUAAAUUCCUGGGGCUUCUGGGAGAAACGAGCCGAGUUAGAAAUAAAAAUUGCAAAUUUACGUUCCACCUUCCGCAGCCCACGCACAGUUUAUUUGUCAUGCAAUUUUUGCGGAAAGUCGGUUUCAAAUGCUUUACAAGAAGAUGCUCGAAUGCGCAGUGUCUCCUCCAAUGUAAAUAAGCUUUCGUCCUGCCCGAGUUGUCGCAAACCACUGCCUCGUUGUUCCCUAUGUUUAUUGCAUAUGGGCACUACGCUUAAUGCCUAUACAACGGGCGAAGGGGGAAACGAAAGUCAAGGGGUCCCUUCUAAGCCAUUUUCCAAAUGGUUUUCAUGGUGUCAAACGUGUCGGCACGGUGGACAUACUGAGCACUUGAUGCAAUGGUUUAAACAAAAUGCCGAAUGCCCAGUAUCAUCUUGUUCAUGCCGCUGUUUUGAUAUGGAUGUUACCAAUCCCGAAGCUUCAAUAGAUCUCUCCUAA